UGGUGGGGGUGGGGACAGGCUCCGGGCCUGGCAUCCCGGUAGCCGCAGCUGUCUUUUCCGGCCCCAGUGCGCUCUCCGCCUGAGGCGGAGCCCCCCGGCUCGCAGGGAUCGCCCCCGAGCGCUGCGUCCUGCGGGUGGGUCACCUUACCCAUUUGUGGCUUCCUCUACCUGUGCUGAGCUAUGGCCAGUGAGAGCUCACCUCUGCUGGCCUACCGGCUCCUGGGGGAGGAGGGGGCUGCCCUCCCUGCCAAUGGGGCCGGGGGUCCUGGAGGGGCGUCUGCCCGGAAGCUGUCCACCUUCCUGGGUGUGGUGGUGCCCACUGUCCUGUCCAUGUUCAGCAUAGUUGUUUUUCUGAGGAUUGGGUUCGUGGUGGGUCAUGCUGGGCUGCUGCAGGCCCUGGCCAUGCUGCUGGUUGCCUACUUCAUCCUGGCACUCACCGUCCUCUCUGUCUGUGCCAUCGCCACCAAUGGAGCCGUGCAGGGGGGCGGAGCCUACUUCAUGAUCAGCCGCACACUGGGGCCCGAGGUCGGGGGCAGCAUUGGGCUCAUGUUCUACCUGGCUAACGUCUGUGGCUGUGCUGUCUCCCUCCUGGGGCUGGUGGAGUCUGUGCUUGAUGUCUUCGGGGCCGAUGCCACAGGGCCCAGUGGGCUCCGGGUCCUGCCCCAGGGCUACGGCUGGAACCUGCUGUAUGGCUCCCUGCUGCUGGGCCUUGUGGGUGGGGUCUGUACCCUGGGAGCCGGCCUCUACGCCCGGGCCUCAUUCCUCACAUUCUUGCUGGUCUCCGGCUCCCUGGCCUCCGUGCUCAUCAGCUUUGUGGCUGUGGGGCCGAGGGACAUCCCCUUGACCCCUCGGCCUGGCCCCAAUGGCUCCUCCCUGCCGCCCCGGCUUGGCCACUUCACCGGCUUCAACAGCAGUACCCUGAAGGACAACUUGGGUGCUGGCUAUGCUGAGGACUACACCACGGGAGCCAUGAUGAAUUUUGCCAGCGUCUUUGCUGUCCUCUUUAACGGCUGUACAGGCAUCAUGGCUGGGGCCAACAUGUCAGGGGAGCUGAAGGACCCCAGCCGGGCGAUCCCUCUGGGCACGAUCGUCGCCGUUGCCUACACCUUCUUCGUCUAUGUCCUGCUUUUCUUUCUCUCCAGCUUCACUUGUGACAGGACCCUGCUGCAGGAAGACUAUGGGUUCUUCCGCGCCAUCAGCCUGUGGCCCCCACUGGUGUUGAUCGGAAUCUAUGCCACGGCGCUCUCAGCAUCCAUGAGCUCGCUCAUUGGUGCCUCCCGCAUCCUCCAUGCCCUGGCCCGGGAUGACCUCUUUGGAGUGAUCUUGGCGCCGGCCAAGGUUGUGUCCCGAGGGGGAAACCCCUGGGCGGCUGUACUGUAUUCUUGGGGCCUGGUGCAGCUGGUUCUCCUGGCCGGGAAGCUAAACACGCUGGCCGCUGUGGUCACUGUCUUCUACCUGGUGGCCUAUGCUGCCGUGGACCUGUCCUGCCUGAGCCUGGAGUGGGCCUCGGCUCCCAACUUCCGCCCCACCUUCAGCCUGUUCUCCUGGCACACCUGCCUGCUGGGGGUGGCCUCCUGCCUGCUCAUGAUGUUCCUCAUCAGUCCUGGCGCGGCCGGUGGCUCCCUGCUCCUCAUGGGUCUGCUGGCUGCCCUGCUCACCGCGCGAGGAGGCCCCAGUAGCUGGGGCUAUGUCAGCCAGGCCUUGCUUUUCCACCAGGUGCGUAAGUAUCUGCUCCGGCUGGACGUCCGGAAGGAUCACGUGAAGUUCUGGCGGCCCCAGCUGCUGCUCCUGGUGGGGAACCCCCGGGGCGCCCUGCCUCUGCUGCGGUUGGCCAACCAGCUUAAGAAGGGGGGGCUCUACGUGCUGGGCCAUGUCACCCUGGGAGACCUUGACUCCCUGCCCUCGGACCCUGUACAGCCACAGUACGGGGCAUGGCUCAGUCUGGUGGACCGUGCCCAGGUGAAGGCUUUUGUGGAUCUAACCCUCUCACCCUCCGUGCGCCAGGGGGCUCAGCAUCUGCUGCGAAUCUCCGGCCUCGGCGGCAUGAAGCCCAACACGUUGGUCCUGGGUUUCUACGAUGAUGCUCCCCCGCAGGACCAUUUUCUGACAGACCCGGCUUUCUCUGAGCCUGCGGACAGCACCAGGGAGGGCAGUUCCCCAGCUCUGAGCACCCUGUUCCCUCCUCCCCGGGCUCCUGGCAGCCCCCGGGCUCUCAGUCCCCAGGACUACGUGGCCACGGUGGCCGAUGCCCUCAAGAUGAACAAGAAUGUGGUGCUGGCCCGGGCCAGCGGGGCCUUGCCCCCUGAGCGGCUGAGCCGGGGGUCUGGGGGCACCUCUCAGCUGCACCACGUGGACGUGUGGCCCCUCAACCUGCUGCGGCCCCGGGGUGGGCCAGGCUACGUGGAUGUCUGUGGCCUCUUCCUGCUGCAGAUGGCAACCAUCUUGGGCAUGGUGCCUGCUUGGCAUAGCGCCCGGCUCCGGAUCUUCCUGUGCCUGGGGCCUCGGGAGGCGCCUGGGGCGGCCGAGGGGCGGCUGCGGGUACUGCUGAGCCAACUGAGGAUCCGGGCUGAGGUGCAGGAGGUAGUGUGGGGCGAGGGGGCCGGGACCGGGGAACCCGAGGCAGAGGAGGAAGGGGACUUUGUGAACAGUGGGCGGGGAGACGCGGAGGCAGAGGCCCUGGCACGCAGUGCCAACGCCCUGGUUCGGGCCCAGCAGGGGCGCGGCACAGGAGGAGGGCCGGGUGGGCCGGAGGGUGGGGAUGCUGAGGGCCCCACCACAGCCCUCACCUUCCUGUACUUGCCUCGGCCGCCCGCCGAUCCUGCCCGAUACCCCCGCUACCUGGCGCUACUGGAGACUCUAACCCGAGAACUGGGCCCCACGCUGCUGGUUCAUGGGGUCACUCCAGUCACCUGCACUGAUCUCUGAUGCCCCUGCCUCCAGGGCUAGGUAGAGAGGGCCCAGGCAGGCGGCCUAUCCUGAUCCUUGGAGGAGGAGGAAGAGGAGGAGGGAAGCACUGUGUCCCUUGGCCCUGCCCUUGGGACAUGGAGCCCAGGGGAGGUUUGAAGGGGAUCCUGGGCUUGGGCAUCACGCCCACCUCCUUUGGCAGAGGGACCCCAGCACUAACUCUGGGCGGCUGUCCCCACCGUGCAGGGGAGGGAGUCCGCAGCCUCCCUUCACUGGUGCCUUGACGCUAGGGGCCAGGCCUCCUCCGUGACUCUGGGCUACCUCAGUUUCCCCACUUUGGCCAGACUCACUCACCCACUGGGGUGGUGAUGUUUUCGUUCUGUUUUAUUUUUCUAACUCUGCUGACCAUGAAUAAAAGACCAAAA